AGGUCGAAGUCUGAUUUCAGGGCCACCUCGAAAAGAUCGUCGAGCGGCCAGGAAAGUCGACGCAAGAGAGCAGAAAGCCGCUGUCUAGACGAGAGAGCAACAACAUCGAAAUGGAGGACAUUUUCCAACAGCACGCUCUGAACGACACCAACAAGUUCACGACCAUCUUCGAGAUGGACAAUAAGAGCAAGGAGGGCAAGGUGUACAGGCCCAGUCCGAACGACCUGGGGAGUCCUCUCGGUCAGAUCGCUAGAUACGUGGCAGCGACCGGUCAGAUCUUGAAUAUCGGGGAUGUGGCCACUUGGCUGAAGAAAGACGUCAUGCAAUCUGGAAAUGAACCCAUCAAGAGCAUCCUCUGCAUGCCCAUCGUGAACGGGCAGAGAACCGUAAUCGGCGUCGCCCAGCUGAUCAACAAGGACAACGGAACGUCCUUCACCGACUCUGACGUGUCGAUCUUCGAGGCGUUCGCGAUCUUCUGCGGCCUCGGGAUCCACAACACGCAGAUGUACGAGUCGGCCUGCAAGCUAAUGGCCAAGCAGAAGGUAGCCCUCGAAUGCUUGAGCUACCAUGCUACCGCCAGCAACGACGACACCGUCAAGCUAACCUCGGAGCCGAUACCGUCCGCGGAAACGUUCAAUCUGUACAGUUUCACGUUCAUCGACUUCGACCUGACCGACGAGGACACCUGCAGAGCCACCAUCCGAAUGUUCAAGCAAUGCAACCUGAUCCAGAAGUUCCACAUACCCUACGAGGUGCUCUGCAGGUGGAUACUCAGCGUUAAGAAGAAUUACAG